GUGUGCUGCAUCUUCUCCAGACUUCUGCGGUAUAUGAGGAGCCAGUGACAGUGAUGAACUCCGAGCAGGAAAGGCCGUUCGUGUGCAUUGCCCCGGGCUGCUCUCAGAGAUUCCCUACGGAGGAUCAUCUAAUGAUUCAUCGGCACAAGCAUGAGAUGACCCUCAAAUUCCCCUCCAUCAAAAAUGACAACAUGCUGUCAGACCAGACGCCGACCCCAACGCGCUUCUUGAAGAACUGUGAGGAGGUGGGUCUUUUCAGCGAGCUGGACUGCUCCAUCGAGCAGGAGUUUUGCAAGGCUCAAGAGGAGGAGGACAGCAAACAGAACAUCACUCUUCAUGGGCAGGGGGGCCCUAACCAGCACCAGCAGACCCACUCAAGAAUGGCCAACCACGACAGCAGCAUAGUAAUCCAGCAGGCACUGCCCUCGCCCCAGUCCAGUUCGGUCAUCACUCAAGCCCCUUCCACCAACAGACAGAUUGGGCCAGUGCCUGGUUCCCUUUCCUCUUUGCUGCACCUGAGGAACAGACAGCGACAGCCACUGCCGGCCUCCAUGCCUGGCACACUGCCUGACCCCACUAUGCAAGGAUCGUCUGCUGUUCUGAUGCCUAUGGAGAGGCAAAUGUCUAUGGGCUCCAACAUGAUGGGCAUGCAAGGCCCCGCCCACAACAGCUCAUGCUCCUCCCCUCAUGUUCCAUCCAUGCACUCAGAAGCAAAGCUGAGACUGAAAGCUGCCCUUGCCCACCAUCCAGGGGGCAUGGCGAACGGCAGCAUGAACUCCAUGGGUCAUAUGAUGGAGAUGAUGCCAUCGCGGCAGGAUCAGGCCGGUCACCACCACCUGCACUCUCACCCUCACCAGCACAUGCAGGGCCCGCCUCAUGGAUACCCACACCAUGCCCACCACCACCACCCCAGCCACGCACAGAGCGCCCAUCACCACCCCCAGAACCACGGACACCACAACUCCCACCCGACCCACCUGCACCCUGCACAUGGACACCAGACCUCUCCGCACCAACCCAUGCACUCCGCUGCUUCACAGUUAUCUCCGGCUGCGCAGCACAUGCAGCCGACGCAGACCCUUCAGUCCCCGCCGCCCAGCGGAGGUCGUCGCAGGCGGGUCAUGGAUGAAGACCCAGACGAGCGCAGACGGAAGUUCCUGGAGAGGAAUCGCGCAGCCGCCACACGCUGCAGACAGAAGAGGAAAGUGUGGGUGAUGUCGCUAGAAAAGAAAGCAGAGGAGCUCACCCAAACCAACAUGCAGUUGCAGAGCGAGGUCACCAUGCUAAAGAAUGAGGUGACACAACUGAAACAGCUUUUAUUGACACAUAAGGACUGUCCCAUCACCACCAUGCAGAAAGAGUCUCAAGGUUACCUCAGUCCAGAGAGCAGUCCGGCAGGGAGUCCCACCCCUGUAACCCAGCAGCAAGUCAUCCAGCACAAUACCAUCACCACCUCCAGCACGGGACCCAAUCACCGCACAGAUAUUAACCCCAUCCACUAGAGACUCGACCCCCUGACGACACCCCAUCCCCCCUUACACGCUGGACAUCCCGACUGCAAACUCUGGACAGACACACACCUCUGUGCCUAUUUGGCAGCUUUUUCGUCUGUAAUUUGUAAAUGUAAACUGAUUACCAUUUUGCUUAGUUCUGUUUGUUUUAUGUUACCAUUUGAGUCCGCUUAAAAAAAGGGAGUCGGCAUAAUUCAUCGGGACCAUCUCGCUUGUCAAGAACAUCACUGAUGGGUUGUUGUGAAAACACAACUGCUACAUUUUGUUCCUGGAUUACUACUGGACAACUGCCUUUACAAAUU